GAUCCCCAGUGUUUGUCUGCCUGGGCCAGAGUGACCCUCGUCUUGUCAUCAGUGCAGAUAAGCCAGCUCCCAGCUGCCACCACAGGUUAUCACUCACCAAGGACAGAGAAAGCACAGGACUCUCGGGGACCAUAUCCCUGAUUUAGGGAGCCAGACUUGUCUUGGCCAAACAGCUCAUCUGGUUCGUUCCAUCAGCCUGGAUUGGUGAAUCUGAGUCACAAGGGAGAUCUCCAGGUUUGCUGGGAUGGGAAACCUGCUCAAAGUCCUUACCAGGGAAAUUGAAAACUACCCACACUUUUUCCUGGAUUUUGAAAAUGCCCAGCCCACAGAAGGAGAGAGGGAAAUAUGGAACCAGAUCAGCGCCGUCCUCCAGGAUUCCGAGAGCAUCCUCGCAGACCUGCAGGCUUACAAGGGCGCGGGGCCAGAGAUCCGAGACGCCAUUCAAAAUCCCAAUGACAUUCAGCUUCAAGAAAAAGCUUGGAAUGCAGUGUGUCCUUUGGUCGUGAGGCUAAAGAGAUUUUAUGAGUUUUCUAUCAGGCUAGAAAAAGCUCUUCAGAGUUUAUUGGAAUCUCUGACCUGUCCGCCCUACACACCAACCCAACACCUGGAGCGGGAGCAGGCCCUGGCAAAGGAGUUCGCGGAAAUUCUGCAUUUCACCCUUCGAUUUGAUGAGCUAAAGAUGAGGAACCCGGCUAUUCAGAAUGACUUCAGCUACUACAGAAGGACCAUCAGUCGUAACCGCAUCAACAACAUGCAUCUAGACAUUGAGAAUGAAGUCAACAAUGAGAUGGCCAACCGAAUGUCCCUCUUCUAUGCAGAAGCCACGCCGAUGUUGAAAACCCUCAGCAACGCCACCAUGCACUUUGUCUCCGAAAACAAAACGCUGCCAAUAGAGAAUACCACAGACUGCCUCAGUACGAUGACGAGCGUUUGUAAAGUCAUGCUGGAAACUCCGGAGUACAGGAGUAGGUUUACAAGCGAAGAAACGCUGAUGUUCUGCAUGAGGGUGAUGGUGGGGGUCAUCAUCCUCUACGACCACGUCCACCCUGUGGGAGCUUUCUGCAAGACGUCCAAGAUCGAUAUGAAAGGCUGUAUAAAGGUGUUGAAGGAACAGGCCCCAGACAGUGUGGAGGGGCUGCUGAACGCCCUCAGGUUCACUACAAAACACUUGAAUGAUGAAUCGACUUCCAAACAGAUUCGAGCAAUGCUUCAGUAAAGCUUUGCUCAGUGAAGAGGAUCUUUGAACUGACCUCAGAAGAUGUAUAUGUUUACAUAAUUUAAUACAGAUUGAUGUUAAUACUCGUGUAUUUACAUAACCGUUUCCUUCUUGUCCCUGAAAUAUAUGGACCUUAAUUUGUAUCCUGACUGACUCAACCCAGCAGAGCAUAAAUUGACUGGAGAGCCUUAUCUUCGAUGUCUGAGACGAAAACCCCUUCUCCAAAAGGAAAAUUUUAGAGACAUUGAUCUUUGCUACUGGAGUUCCUCACACCUUUAACAAUCAGAAAUUCCUAAUAGCUUGUGGUCAUGUUUUAAUUCUAGAUGUGUAAUCUCUCUGGGAAGUAUAGUUAUAGAAACACGAAGUAUUUGAUUUCCUGGGUCAGCUCAACUACAAGAAACACAACUGUUAUCCUGACAGAGAGAGAGGGAUCCCAGAAAAGAAAAAUGCACGUGGAGA